GCGGUUAUCAAAGGGGUCUUCUUGUUUAUGAAAACUAUGGAUUUCUGUGUUUCAGUGCCUGGCACAGGGCGAGUAAAUCAACUCGGUGGUAUUUACAUCAACGGGAAGCCCCUACCCAUUGAAGUUCGAGAAGAAAUCAUUGAAUUGGCGCGACGCGGAGUUCGUCCUUGCGACAUUAGUCGAAGGCUAAAAAUAACCCAUGGUUGUAUCAGCAAGCUGCUCUCAAAAUAUCGGAAAACGGGAUCAAUCAACGUUGGAGGUGCUAAUGUCGGAAGGCCUAGAGUCAUAACCCUCAUAAUGGAGCAGAAGAUAGAGCAGUAUAGGCGAGAGCAACCAGGAAUUUUCUCCUGGGAGCUGCGUGAUCGCUUAUUGCGUGAAAACGUGUGCAGUAGAGAGAAUCUACCCUCGCUGAGUUCAAUCAGCCGCCUUAUCAAGAACAAGAUGAUGAGUCUAGUUUCUAACAAAAAACUAGAAUGCAGUACGAAUGAGAGCGACCCUCCUGCUGUCAACACCAACACUUCCUACUCAAAUGGUGAGUCUUUAAAUCAAAGAACGGAAGGGCCUGAAUGUAACCAAGGCUUCAAUCAAAUCAACGUUAGAAGAUCAACUUUGGAUAAGGACUGUUUAAUAUCUGGCCGACAUCGUCGAAAACGGGCAAAGUACACAAAAAAGCAACUUAUAAAGCUGGAGUUAGAAUUUGAGAGGAACCCGUACCCUAAUUCAUGGGAACGCGAAAGCUUGGCUCAGCAGCUUGGAAUUAACGAAACAAGAAUCCAGGUAUGGUUCUCAAAUCGCCGUGCGAAGGGAAGAAGAGAACGUUUUGGAGAUGAAGGUACUCAGAGGAAAGCUAUUCCAGCCCAAGUUUGCACAUGUCACACAUAUUGCAAGCCACUUCGUGCCCCGUGGAUGAUGGAGACCGGUUUUCCAACAUUGUUCUUUCCAGCAGCUGGAUACUGGACUUAGUAAAAAACUAAUGGUGUUGUUAUCAAGUUUUGGACACUAAAAUGAGCUUUAUUUAUACAACGAAAAUCCGCGUUCCCACACCUAGAGAAAAAAAAAUAGAGUCAGCGAUGCCAUGACAGAAUGUCUCUGUAAAUGCGUCGAUUGAGGUUAUGUGGUUCUAAUUUUAAAAGGCGUGGUAGGCGAGUAAGCGCUCAAGGGGUAAAACUACUUCGCUUCCAAUUCAGUCGGUCUGCAAAUCAGAAAUAGAAAGGUUCAUUUAAUUCUUUUCGCCAUCGAUGUUUCAAUGGAUAUCCUAUGAUGUGAGGUUUCAGAGACAGCUUCAAGGCCAAGUGCUAGUAAGAGUCAUGAAGUGACCAUUAUAUCAGCCAUUUCUAGUUCGUUUUCUAUUUGCUUCACACACGUCACAUUUUGAGAAAACGAAUACAUGAGCAAAUGUCCCAUGGAACGCUAAAACGUUUGCCUCUGUACCUUUAAAAACGUUCAGUUGAAGUAAUCAGAGGUUAAGUAGCUAUGAAUUUUACAUUCUUUAACUUUGCACCAGAAAAAGACCAACUGCAGUAGAAUUUAAGGAAUUAAACGAAUUGAUCGCCAA